ACCGGCAUCACCGCUCACGAGUACGAGACUACGAGUGCGCAUUGUACCGAGUCCCCGGUACUCAGUACUCAGUCGUCCCAACGCUCCGAGUUCGCCCGGUUCACAGGUGCACUUGAUCCCCAUAUCCCCAACUGAUAAAUCCAAAAACAACCAAUGGAUAUGAUUUAUAAUUUUUUUCAUUUAUCGCGUUGAUAACAGACACCCACCCACCAAAUAAUCAGCUGUGAAGUUUAAGUGAUAAUUUUAUGGUGUGAGUCGAGUGAGGGGUUGGGACACGUUGAGUACGUGUGGAUCAAGUAUAAGUCCGUAUGGAAUCACCCCAUGGAUAAUAGUAUGUCUACAGCGGCUUUUAUGCACCGCUCAGGUUCAUCGAGUGCCUCGAGCACCGGUACAGGGUCGUCGUCCGGUGGUGGCCCAGGAACCGGAAACAAUGGAGGCAGCAGAAUGGCAGUCAUCGGUGUUACAAGGAACAUUCGGUUGAGACGUCGUGGUGCUUCCGGUUUCGGUUUUUCAUUGAGGGGUAAUCCAAAUGAUCCUGUGACAUGGCACAUGGUGCAGAGCCAACAGCAGCAAAUCCAGUACAACGAACCUGUAGCCCCAACGAUUCCCUACAAUGAAGUACGAAUCCGUGUAAUGGUUGGGGAAAAGGGACGUUUGGGUUGUGGUGUGUGCAAGGGAAUUGUGCCAGGACUGACAGUGCAGGGAACAAGAGAGGGUGGUCCAGCUCGUGCAGCAGGUCUCAAAGCUGGUGACGUGAUAGUGUGGUGCAAUGGACAACGGCUGACAGAUUUGCCAUUCGAGAGAGCCAUCGAGGUGAUGCGAGGUGCAGCGAUCCUCGACCUCGUUGUUAACCGUCCAAUCCCAGCCAGCAAUGGUCUAUACGAUUGUCCCGAGACCCUGUGGAUGCGAGGUUCAAGUGGCUAUGACUCUGAAUCCUCAAGCAUUGGUCCAACCAGCUCACCAACACAUGCUAAUCCCUCGUCACCGCAACACCAGCCUGGAGGUACACAAAGAUACAUAGAGAACAGAAAUGGCAGAGCCUGCUGUCCCCUGGCCUUGUCAACAAGCAGUUGCUCGUCCUCGGAGUGGAAUCACCCGUGCGAUCAGGGCCAGGAGUGGACACGAAAGCCCAACAAUACAACGGUCAUACGAGUCAAUCAAAAUGUGAAUCAGAAUCCAAAUCAAAAUCAGUAUCGAUCAAAUGUUGGUGUUAAUUACUCGACACAUCCGGCUUGUCAUGGCAGUUAUGGCAUGGGUGAUGCGGGGAAUGAGCCCCUUUAUGAUCCGGUGACACCCAGAGACUAUGAGAGCCAUGAUUUCGAUGCCAAUCCACUUGAUGAGAGGAAUAGGCGGCUUAUGUAUGAAAAGGAGAAUAUUGUGCUUUAUGAUCCACCUGGUGAUGACAGAAUUGCGUAUACUACCAAGGACAAUGAAUUCUCCCCGAAUUCCAAUAUACCCAGAGCCCCGGAAUUUGAACGAAAGACUGUAACCACUGUUGAGGUUCAUCAGUCAUCAGGACCACCAGCUCCCCCGUGUCCACCACCAAUGUCUUACAAAUGGCAAACAGUGGAUACGAAACCAAUGAUGGGACUGAAUAAACAAAUGGGUAGCACGAUGUCAAUGGGCUCAACAGGAUCAACCGAGACUGAAUCGAGUUUAGAAUCCUGUGGAAAGGAUUCAGCAUCGACUUCGUCCUCGCUGUCAACCUCGUCCUGCGAGCCAGCCUCAUCAACAGUCUCAUUUGCCUCAACAAUGACGACUUCCAACGUGCCACUGCCCAUUAAAUCCCCAGAACCCACCCCCAUUCGUCCUCCACCACCACCUGGACGGGCCUGUCUACCUCUAUCCACAACUGACCUUGGAACUGCCAUAGCCCAGGAACUUCAACGACGAGCUCAACAGCUAAUGGAAGAAUUCAAACGUGCCCAUCAGAAAAUGUUCAACCAAAAUCAACAAAAGAUUCAAUCAUCAGAACAAGACCAAAAAAAGAAUUACUUUCAGGAGCAGGAGAAGCGGAUAAACGGAUCAAGUGGUGGUUGCCCACCUCCACCACCUCUUCCCCUUCCCGAAUCGCCGACAAAGUCACGUGAAGACGCAGUGGAGAUGCAGAGCAUCGAGUCCUUCAAGCUGAAAGAGACUCCUAGUCCAGUAAUUCCUAAACCACCGCCCACAUACUUUUCAUCGUCGAACAACACCUCGCCAACGUCAACCCCGACAAACGGUUCUCCACGUCACACAACGAUCACCAAACAACCGCAUCUCAACGGUAAUAAGGAUUCUGUAAAUAAUAAGUAUCAAGUGCCAAUGGAGAAAAAGAAUUUUGUGAAAAUUCAAAAUUCCAAUGGGCCAGUCACAGCCAAUCCACCGGGAAAAGUUGCUGUGAGAAUUGGAACAUAUGAGGGGGAGACGAAGCAGCCGUCCAGACUUGAAUUUUUACCACAGGGUAGAAGUACUACAGAUACAGGGAAGCCUGUUGAGGAAGUUAGUAAUGGGCCGGCGGUUUCAAGGCUUCAGAAUGAACUCGCUGCUACACUGCAACGAUCCAAUCUCAGAGAGAAGACUGAACAGGAAAACGGGGGAAUCCCCCAAGCAUCAUCAAGUCCAGACGUUGAGCGUCCAGUGACACUUCUCCAGAGUAACGUAGAGAAGCUAGCAGCAGCUUUAGCCAACAGAGUAACAAUCAGAGUCAGCCCCGAGAAUGGCUCACGAUAAGGCGCUUAUCAUUGCUCAAACAAUCAGCGAGACAGUCAACAUUGAUAAAACACUGUAAUUUAAGAGGUUUAUACUCAAAUUUUCAAUAUAUCUCUGCGAUUAAUUAGAGAAAUAUCCAAUAGCCGUGGUGAAUUCACCACUGAGAGCUUUCAAAAAAAAAAAAUCCAGUGUAGUACAGAAAAAUCUUUUACAAGAGGAAAGUAUAGUCAUAGUAAUUCACAAUGGUGGCUGAAUUUUUUUGAUGAUACAUAUACACAAGUAUCUAGAUGUACUAUAGACAUACUGUAUGAGGUAGGUUAAUCUCGUUACCCAAGAUAUACAAUAUUGAGUCAAGAUUAUGGGGAGAGGCAAAUCUGCGCUCUCCAUACAAUGCAUAAUCUUAUCGUCGUUGUAAAUUUUUUUACACCAAAAUUUGGUACUAUCUUUUUGCGCUGUUGCGUGACUACGAGACCAUUUACUGUUAUUCAUUAGUUUUUCUUAUUUCAUUUUUAUACACCAUGUGAAUUUAAGGAUAAAAACGUGUUUUUACAGUAUUUAUUGCCAACAACUAACAAGAUAUAUGUAUCUUGUAAUAUAUUGUAAUGAUUAAGUUAGUUGUACACUUAAAAUAUAUAAAUUUUAAGGCCUUGGCACAGAGUUGACUCAUCUAGAAUCAUCGUCAUUAUUAUUCCAAGGAACUGCUUAAUUGUACAUCUUAAUCAUUGCCCAUCCGUAGGACAAUUAUUCGAGAUGGAAAAUAAAGAGACAUUAGAUUUAUCA